AUGGCAUCUCUUGUUCGGAAACUCCUCCUCUUAGCCUGCGUCACCAAACUGGCAGCCGGCGUCGCUCUGCCAGACUACGACGACAGCUACGACACCAGCUGCCCGUCCGACGACGACGGCGACGAUGACAUCUCCUUCAUAACCCUCGAGGAGCACUGGCUAGCGCCCCCGUUCCGAGAUCUCUACAUUGAAAACAUCGCCACGGAGCUGCAAGGGAUCCGGAGCCGCAUCCCGCGCCUGAUCGAGGUCGGCCCGGAGCGCAUCGCGGCCAUGGACCAGGGCAACGUGGCCAUCCAGGUGGUGUCGCACGUCGCCACGUCGCAAAAGGCGAUGCGGCUGGCCGACGACGUCCGCGCCGCCAACGACGCCCUGCACGCCCGCGUCGUCGACCCGGCCAACGACGGCCGCUUCCGCGGCUUCUGCGCCCUGCCCAUGGCGUUCCCCGCCGAGGCGGCCGCCGAGCUGCGCCGCUGCGUCACCGAGCUCGGGUUCGUCGGCGCGCUGGUCGACGCGCACUUUGUCGGCGACCGCGGCGCCCCCAAUGGCUCCACCACGCGCACCGGAUCCGAGAACAGCACCGAGGCGCCCAACGGCGGUGACGGGUACUACUUUUACGACUCUCCGAAAUACGACGUCCUGUGGGCUGCCUUGACGGAGCUCAAGGUCCCCAUCUACCUGCACCCUUGCUACCCGCCGCAGGACGAGAUGCUGAAGACGGGCGGUCUGUACGCGUCCUCCCUGCCCGGCACCAACGAGUCGUCCGUUCUUUCCGACUCGGACGCCGUCCGCCUGGGCACGUCGACCUGGGGCUGGCACUCCAACGCAGGCCUGAGCUUCCUCAAGCUCUACGCCGCGGGGGUGUUCGACCGCCACCCGGAGCUGCAGGUGGUGCUCGGUCACAUGGGCGAGUUGGUGCCCUACUAUCUUGGUCGGGUCGCCUCGCGCAUAGAGAGGGCCGGGGAGGCGAUGACGGGCAGGAACGUGACGGACGUCUAUGCCAACAACGUGUACGUGACCUUUGGCGGCUACUUUAGCCUCGCGGCUAUGUACACGUUGUUGGAGGUGACGAAUGCAACCCGGGUGAUGCACAGUGUAGACUAUCCCUUUGGGAACAACACCCAGGGCAAGGAGUUUAUGGAAAGCCUGAGGGAUAGUGGCUUGGUGAAUGAGGAGGAGUACAGGGAUAUUGCCUAUCGGAAUGCCAAAAGGCUGUUGAAGAUCUAG